GGCGGGCCCGGUCUGGGAGGGGUUUGUGGGUGAGCCCUGGGUCCCCCGCCCGCUGAGGAGAUGGAUGAGGACGGGCUUCCUCUCAUGGGGUCAGGCAUAGACCUGACGAAGGUGCCAGCUAUUCAACAGAAAAGAACGGUGGCAUUUCUAAACCAAUUUGUGGUGCACACUGUACAGUUCCUCAACCGCUUUUCUACAGUUUGUGAGGAGAAACUGGCAGACCUUUCUCUUCGUAUCCAGCAAAUUGAAACAACUCUAAAUAUUUUAGAUGCAAAGUUGUCAUCUAUCCCAGGCCUAGAUGAUGUUGCAUUUGAAGUUUCUACUGUAAGCGCCACUGGUAUCACAAAUGAAUCACAUUCUGAAACCACUGCAGAGAAAUCACAGCAGAACAGUUUACAAGACUCUGGACCACAGGAAAGUGAAGUAACACCAGAAAAUAUCUUAACUGUAGCCAAGGACCCAAGAUAUGCCAGAUAUCUCAAAAUGGUUCAAGUGGGUGUUCCAGUGAUGGCAAUAAGAAACAAAAUGAUAUCGGAAGGACUAGACCCAGAUCUUCUUGAGAGGCCAGAUGCUCCAGUGCCUGAUGGUGAAGGUGAAAAAAAUACAGAAGAAAGUUCAGAUAGUGAAUCUUCUUUUAGUGACUAAGCUUAAUUUUGAUAACAGUUACACAUACAUGUGUGGGUAUGCAUUUACAUUCUAUAAGAAAGAGAGCCUGAGCUUGAACUCUUAGUCAUAAAAACAUCAAAUGGUCAUAUAUCUACCACCAAACUCCCUCUAUGUUAAAAAAAAUAAUAAAGCAUUUAUAAUCUGGCAGAAUGUCUUAUUACCAAAAUACUGAAAAGUAGAAUAACCAAAAUAAAGUGCCAUUAGUGCUGCAGAUACCAAGGUGGGAGAUUUCAGGAUGUGGUGAGCAUUGAAAAUGAAGUCAAUGUGAGUUUGGUGAUCAAAAAUAGACUCAAUGCAAAAAAGUGAAUUUGACUAAGUGAGUAAUUCAAUUUUUGUGACUAUUUUAGCAUGAAAAGUAUUAAGUGCAUUUAUAUUAUAAGAAUUGCUAAAGAAUUUUCUGGCAGAGACUAAUAUUGGAUUUAAAUUUUCAGUGACAACUUGAAGCUUAUAUGUCAUAGAAAUUAUGAAGUUGAAAUUUAUUGCCAUAUAGAGCUUUUCACCACUUGUUCAUUAGUUCAUAUACUAUCAAAGUGUCAGAUAUUCUUAGAAUAUUAUCAGAUAGAAAUUGAAUUGAAGGUAGUUUCAGUAUGUUUCACAGUGAGCAGGCAUCAUGUCAUCAACUCUUUUAUUGCCUAAACAGAAAAAAAUCUUUAAUUUAAAAUGCUGUCCUUACCUCACCUUGCAAAUAAUUCUUCAUGAAUAAUUAUUUGCGCAGUCUAGAAAAUCUCUAAAAUACUUACAUGGAAAGAUAUAUAAAUGCAUUUGAUUAAUGGUACCUGUCUUAGUUUAGCCCACCUGAAAGUAGACCCUGAGGAAAAGACUUGGGGGUAAGUAUGGCAUUUGUGAGGUGAUCACAGGAAGCAGAAGCGAGAGAACAGGAAGAGCAAGAGAAAGAAAACCCACACAAAAGUAUAUUACCAAGGUUGCCAUUUUGAACUCUAAGACCUGAGAAGUUUACAAACUGCCUCCUCAAAAUAUUCGCCUAAUACAGAUAGGAUAAUUAUUAACCAGUUUCCAUCCCCUAUUAGUUGAAAGUUACCUCCAGGAGAAGUGACUACCCCAGCAUUUCUGAGCUAUCCUUUUAUGAGAGAAAGUAGGCUACCCCAACAUUGAAAAGGGACUUGGAACAGAAAGCGGAAAAAUGCAUGCCUCACACUUGUGGUAGGAUUUCACUAGCAAAAACGGACAGGUCUGAGUUCAGAACUCUCUAAGUGCAGUUGUGGCUGAUAUCAGAAGUUGACAAGGAGAUGUGAUGUUUGGCAAAAGAGAUGUUUGUUUUUGAAUAAAUAGUUCUUACCUAUUCAGAA